AUGUCAUUUAAUUUAGAUGAUUUAUUAAAUAGUGCUUUAGAUGAGUUAGAAGAGCAGCAAAAUGAAAAGAGAUCAAAUACAAUUAACCAAGAUUUGAUAAUCAAUGAAAUAACUUCAAGUUUCAAGAAUAAUACAACAUUAAACGAGAAUAAUUCUAAUAUACCACAAACAACCACAACAACAACUACUACUACCACGUCGACGACAACAACAAAUACUACUACUAGUAAUAAUAAUAAUAAUGAAUCAGCAUUACCAAUAAAUAAUGAAACAUUUAUGAAAGAUGUAUUCGAUGAGGUAUUCAACGAUCCAAAGAUGAAAGAGUUGAUCGAUGGCUACUCUGCAGAGUCUGGUGAAUCAUUCGAUCCCAUCUCAUUCAAAGACAACAUGAAGAAUCUUUUUGGUUCAAUGGGUGGUUUCGGUGGUGAAGGUGGUGGUGACAAUGGUGGUGACAAUGUUGGCGGUGACCCUCUUGGUCAACUCGGAUUCGAUGGAUUCGGUAAGCCACCUGGUGAUACCAACAACGACAGUUCCGCACCACCACCUGUAUCCGGUAUCGACUUUAAAGAUUUCGAAAGUAACGUUGGCAAUGUCCUAAAAGGUAUGGCAGAGAACGCCGCCAACAGUAACAACCAAACAGCUGCCAACAGCGACUCUACAGCAGAUCUCCUCAAGAAUCUUGCAAGCAUGAUGUCUCAAGAUGGUGAGGAUCUAUCGGGUAUGGGUGAUUCUAUCAAUGAUUUCUAUGAUGAAUCAAUGAAAUAUAUAGUAGAAAAUAUAUUCAGUUCCAAUGACGAGAAAGCAAUGGGACAAAAUGAAAUGUUAGAUAAGAUAUCGUUGUUGGGUCAAUUACCAGAGGCAUUUUGUGAUCAAUAUUGUAAAGAUAUUCAAAAUAAACUUGAGAAUCCAAACUAA